AUGGAUGAAUUUGAUGAGUUAUUAAAUUUGGAGGAAGAAUUUUAUAAAGAAGGUUAUGCUGAAGGCCAAAAUGAAAAUUUGAAGAAUAACUUCCUGGAAGGGAAACAAUUUGGUUUACAGGUUGGAUUCCAAAGAUAUGUUUUAUUGGGCCAAAUGAUUGGUAUAUGCGAUGUAUUAGAUUCUUUUGAUUUAAACAGUUCUGCAUUAAGUAAAAAUGUUCAAAGUAUUCGUACACUUAUCAGCCAAGUUGAAAUGACCAACGAUGAUGAAAAUGUAGAAGAAUUAGGUAAGAUUAUGAUAAAGCUCAAAAAUAGAUUCAGAACCAUUAUGAUUACUUUCCAAAGAAUAAUGAAAAAGGAAAAAAGAGAACCAUUUACAUUUGAAGUAAUUGAAGAAAUAUCAAGAAUCGUUGCAGGUGAAGUGCAAGGUUUUGUUGAAGACGAAGAUGUCACGGAAGCAAAGACAACUCAAGAUCAAGCUCAAGCAUGGUAG